AUGCUGUAUUUCCAUGGCUGGACUGGGCAAGGCAAUGGCUGGACCAGCAAGUGCAAGCGCUUGACAACCCGAUGUCAUUCGGACGUGUGUCCCGAUGGUGGCGGACAACUCUUGGUGAAUGACUGGCUCGAUGAAGGUUGGAACGUGGGAUUCUUCUAUUGGGAUCAAUUUGCUGAUGAGGAAUGCGCCCGUGAUGCGGAACAGAAACUCUGGUUCGAUCGUGGGGGAGAUGGUCUCGCCUGGAAAUCCUACAACCCAGCGACAGGCCAGACUCAAUUCAACUCGUACGCGAAGAGCGACGAAAUGACCGUGUCGGAUAUUUGUGUGAACCAGGUGAAGAGAGCCAUGGGUUCGUACAAAGGUUCACAGGUGCGUUUCGUUGGACAUUCUCUGGGAGCGCAAUUGGCGGUGCGCUGCGCCUCGCUCCUGCAUGUGGAGGACCACCCGGCAGCUCCAAGCAGGUUGGCCCUGUUGGAGCCCUACUUCAGCAAGCACAGUCACAUGUUUUUUGGCUGCCAUGGCGGAGUGACCACCGACGAAGGGAUGGGUGACUUCGCCGCUAGGUUGACCGUGCAGAUGGUGGAGCAUCUCUGGUCCAGCAAGAAAGUGGUCACUGAAACCUACAAGUCUUCGCUUCUCACAGAGAAAUCCGCGGAAGAGUCGCCGUAUAGCGAACUGAAGAGCCUUGUUGAGAAUGGCAUGGGCGGAGUGGAGAAGACAUUGGUAGGAACACUUGCUUCCGGCAUGAAGGCAGAAGAUCUUGAGAGGGCCAGCACAUUGGUGAAGUACGAACCCGAAUGGUGCGGUGGUGUUGGUGCGAACGAGUACGGUGAUGUGGAACAUGUUGCGUGCAGGCACUCCGCCGUGGUGCCAAUGUAUCUCAUGAGCUACGGCCGUGCUCCACCCCCACAGACUCCUUUACCCGCGGAGAAAGCUGCGCCUGGCUCGGCAUUGGGAUCCUGUAUGACACCCUCAGCCGCCUGUACGGAUGAUCAGCUUCGACAAUGGGUCCAGCGCCAGCUGGACAUGGCGCCCACCAGACAGAUGUGGGACCAAAGCUUUGGUCAAAAUACCUUCGCAAAUAUUGAUGAUGCCUAUAUAUUGGAUCCUUCCAUCAAGCAGGGUUUUCAGCUGGGUCUACGGAGUGCCAACUCGCUGGUGCAAGAGACGCCAGCGGAGUACAUCCAGACGAAACAGUCGUUCUCCAUGCUCACCUUCCUGAGAACUCCGCAUCUAUGGCUACCUGUGGUAGCCGCAGUUUUCCUCAUAGUGACCAUCGCGGUCGUGUGGAGUCAUUAUCCCCUGAGACCAGGUGAUGAUAGUGACGACGAAUCCCUUUCACCGAAAUCUUCCAGGCGGACGAGGGGGACUUCGCGCACCUCUCCAUCGCGGAACUCCAAGGAGUCCCAGUCCCCUGCGACCUUCAAGGAUCCGGAGCUGGGGCAAGCUGGAUAUGACCCGCUGUUGGCAUCUAUGGCAUCAAUCCCCACAUCCUCGAACCCAGGAUCCUUCAACUCGCAAGGAUCUCGGGUGGUGCUGACGAUGCCCAUGCAGCCGCGGCCCUUGCCCAUGCAACACAUGCACAUGCCGAAUUCCGUGGUCAGUUUGCAAAGUUUGUACCGGACUCCAAAGUGA